AUGCUCUUCAGACUGCGUUCUGUUGUUUCCAUCGCCCGAAGCAGCUUUCCCAUACGACGUUUCAACUCUGCAUCCACAAUGGCUUUCCUCGGCGCCGAGAAGAAACACAAGGUGACGGUCGUCGGUUCCGGUAACUGGGGUUCAACCAUCGCCAAGAUCGUCGCCGAGAACACGGCCGCCUACCCCGACCUCUUCGAACAAGAUGUCCACAUGUGGGUGUUCGAAGAAGACGUCGUCCUUGACGAGACGUCCCCCUACUACGACGCCUCCGUAGGCGACCACCCUCAGAAGCUCACCGCCGUCAUCAACAAGCACCACGAAAACACCAAAUACCUGCCCGGCAUCAGUCUACCCCGCAACAUCGUCGCGAACCCCUCCCUCCAGGACGCCGUCAAGGACUCUACCAUCCUCAUCUUCAACCUGCCCCACCAGUUUAUCGGCAACGUCUGCAAGCAGCUGAGAGGCCACAUCCUGCCCUUCGCCCGCGGCAUCUCGUGCAUCAAGGGCGUCAACGUCUCGGAUGACGGCGUCUCCCUCUUCUCUGAGUGGAUUGGUGAUGGCCUCGGCAUCUACUGCGGCGCCCUCUCCGGCGCAAACAUCGCCUCUGAGAUCGCCGCAGAGAAGUGGUCCGAGACCACCGUCGCCUACGACCCGCCUCCCAUGGACAACUCCCGCGCCCCGACUCCGCGCUCCAACUCCCCCAACGGCACCCCCGCCAACGGCAACGGAAACGGCAUUGCGCCUCUGACCCCUGUCGACAUGCAGCACAGAGAUGCCCGCGGCCGUGCCUCCAAGACGAAGCUCACUCCCGUUCCCGCCGAGUACCCGCCUCUCGACCACCAGAUCUUCAAGCAACUUUUUCACCGUCCCUACUUCCACGUGCGCAUGGUCUCCGACGUUGCCGGCGUCUCCCUUGGCGGCGCACUCAAGAACAUCGUCGCCCUGGCUGCCGGCUUCGUCGACGGCCGCGGUUGGGGCGACAACGCAAAGGCCGCCAUCAUGCGCGUCGGCCUGCUGGAAAUGGUCAACUUUGGAAAGGAGUUCUUUGGCGAGACGGUCCACACCGGCACUUUCACCGAGGAGUCGGCCGGUGUCGCCGACCUGAUCACGUCGUGCAGCGGCGGCCGCAACUUCAAAUGCGCAAAGAUGGCCGUCGAGGAGGGCCUGAGCGUUCAGGAUGUUGAGAAGCGGGAGCUCAACGGUCAAAUGCUGCAGGGCACGAGCACGGCGCAGGAGGUCAACAGCUUCCUCAAGGCGAGGGGUCUGGAGAAGAAAUACCCGCUCUUCACCGCCGUGCACGGCAUCCUCGAGGGACGCUACAGCGUCGAUGACAUCCCUACCUUGGUGUCGAGCUCCGACAACUAG